AAACGACUUGUCUGUCUUAUUUAUAUAAGAUCGCUGUAAUAAAGAAAAUUUCAAACAACAAUUAAUUUUUUAGACGAAAAUGCCCUUUUCAUGCAAACUCUAUAAAAUGGUAAACAUCAAAUCCUGCUUAUGUAUCUAAAAAAUUACUCAUAACAUAAAGCAUAGCAUAUUGAAAUGGAGUUGAUCACUCUCAUUUACACCUCUCUUGCUCUAUUUUCCAUCUUUCUACUUCUGAAAUACCUUUGGCCAGAAAACUAUCGCCUGCCACCGACACCAGCACCAGCACUCCCCAUAAUUGGCCACCUCCACCUCCUCUCUCCACCUCUCCACCGCACCCUCCAACGCUUCUCUCAAACACACGGCCCCAUUUUCUCUCUCAAGCUUGGAUCUCGCCGUGUCGUGGUGGUGUCCUCGCCUGAACUAGUGGAAGAAUGUUUCACCACAAACGACAUCAUCCUCUCCAACCGGCCGCGGAUCCUGGCAGACAAGUACGUAGGUUACAACCACAGCACCACUGUCGGUGCUAACUAUGGCGCCCUGUGGCGCAGACUCCGCCGCUUAGGGGCACAGGAGGUGCUCUCCUCCGCCCGUGUCAACGCCUUCUCUUGGAUCAGACAAGAUGAAAUGAGACGUACCCUACAAAGCCUAGUAAUGAAUUACGACGGGAAUGAAUCCGUAAAGUUGGACCUGAGGCCGAAACUGUUUGAUCUCAUCUUUAAUAUAAUAAUGAGGAUGCUAGCCGGGAAACGAUUUUGUAGUACAGAAGGGGAACAUGAACAGUCUGGGGAGCAGUGGCGGGAGGUGAUAAGCGAGGUUCUGGAGAACGCAGAGGCGACGAAUCCAGAGGACUUUUUACCAUUUUUACUGUGGAUUGAUUACAAAGGUCUGAAGAAAAAAAUGGCUGGUCUAGCUGAAAAAAUGGACGGUUUUUACAAUGGUUUGAUGGAUGAGCACCGGCAAGAGAAGAGGAACACCAUUCUUGGGCAUCUGCUGUCUCUGCAAGAAUCGGACCCGGAAUUCUACACUGAUCAACUCAUCAAAGGAUUUAUGGCCAACACGAUAAUCGCAGGCACUGAUACAUCAGCUGUGACGAUAGAAUGGGCGAUGUCCCUCUUGCUCAACCAUCCAGAGGUACUCCAAAAGGCUAAACUAGAGAUUGAUUCACGAGUUGGACAUCAACGUUUGGUAGAGGAGCAAGAUCUGCCCAAUCUACCUUACCUGCAUAGCAUCAUUUUUGAGACAUUCCGUUUGUUUCCAGCCGGACCCUUGGUGGUGCCCCGGGAGUCAUCUGCUGACUGUAGAGUUGGGGGAUACGACAUUCCAUGUGGAACUAUGUUAUUGGUUAAUGCAUGGGCCAUUCACAGGGAUCCUAAGGUUUGGCCCCAACCGACGAGCUUCAAGCCCGAGAGACUUGAUAGGAGAGAGGUGGAAACACAUAAGUUGAUGCCGUUUGGAUUGGGCAGGAGGGCGUGCCCCGGGGCUGGUUUGGGGCAACGGAUGGUGGGGUUGGCUUUGGCUUCAUUUAUUCAGUGUUUUGAAUGGGAGAGGGUGAGCUCGGAGGAAGUUGACUUAACUGAGGGAGUUGGCCUGACCAUGCCAAAGUUAAAGCCAUUGGAGGCCAAGUGCAGACCAAGACAAAUCAUGCUUAAGGUUCUUCAAGAAUCAGCUAAUUUUACAUCCUAAGAUUAUUUCCUGACAACAGGUUUAAAAAGUAUUUUGCCCAGUGUUUCGAUUCUGAUUGCUCUAUAUAUGUAUUUCCAAAGACAGUUCUUCAUCACAUUUGAUUUAAGUGAACCAGAUCAAUUAAUAGCAAAAAUAAUACAAUUGUCAUAUGAUUAGACACUUUUCAAGAACCAUAUACCAAUCAUAUAAUAAACAUACACAUUUGUUA